AUGUUAUUAAUAUAUUAAUUAAUGUAUAAUAAUUUUAAUAUUGCUUUUAUUUUAUUUAAUUCUAUAUAUUUUCUGCAUAUUUUAUAUUUUUCUAUAGCAUCGCUUAACGGGAUUAUUCUUACCUAACCUAAAUCGCAAAAACAAAACUUUUACACAACGUAAUCAAUCCAUAUUGUAAUUGAAAAAAAAGCAAAAAAAAAAAAAAAUGAAAGAAUGCACAUUAAUGUAAUAUAAUUAGAAACGUGCCUCGUACGUGUUAUCGAGCGUGAAUUUCAUUUCGUCAGGGUUCGAUACCGCGCAAAAUUCAACGGACACGAUUAGUGGACGAACAUUAACGUCCGUUUGUUAAUUAAUGCACGCUUCGUGCCCACUGCGAACAAUAUGCACCGAUUCAAUUUCGACAGAGGAUGAAUUAACGGAUCGACGACAACGUUCGAUCGCGACGUCAACACACACCUUUUAUUAAUCGCACUCCAACCUCUAGUUUUGUUAAUUAUUCCUCAUUACUGGAUACGAUCGAAAUAAACGGAACAACGUUAAUGACAACUGCGCCACCAAGCGUGGGAUGAAGGAGAAGCAAGGUCCUGAUCGAUAUUAUAUAAUGAAUAUCGAUCGAUUCGAGAUAUCGAUAGUUGUUAGUAAUAGUUGAUGGAUAUGGAUUAAGUUAUUAUCGAGAGAAUAUAUAUCGAAGGAACGAAAUAUAUCUUCGGAAAUUGUCACUAGAUACUUUGAAUAUUGCUCGUGAUUAGAAAUGUCGAUACGAUCACUUGACGGAAGUGUUGGCUAAAAUACUUACCGAGAGACCGAAAAAUGCAGUAGAUAUUUUCGAGGAAUUCAGCAGAAAAGUAAAAGAGCAGAGAUUCAAAACCAAAUCCAGUCAUCUUCGAGACAUGUACGUUCCACCGACUCAGUUCGAGCAUGCGAAAAAGAUCAUCAAACUAUUCAAGAAAUUAGAAAAAUUUUAUGAAACAAUGGGAGAAAAAAUUGAAGAAGAUAUUGAGGAAGAUGAAGAUAAAAAAAAGAAAAUACCGAAUAUGUUAGAUUUUUUGUUUUAUUUCGAGCAAACUGGCAUAGGAUUACCUCGUAGAGAAUUGGUGUUGCUUAAUUUGUCUAUAAGGGAACUCAUGGCUGAGAAUCCUAUAGAAAAUGUCAGAUUUUGGGGAAAAAUUCUCGGAAUUCCGAAAAAUUAUUACAUAGUGGAAGCAGAUUUACAACCAGAGGAACUAAAUUUAAGAGUAGAGAAAAUGGCGGAAGAAGAGGAACGGAGACGUCAAGAGAAGCAAGCGAAAGCGGAAGAAGCGGCAAAAGCCGAAAAACAAGCUGUUGAAGACAUGGAAGGAGCGACAGAGGAAACGGGGAAAACAGAGGAGGAAGCGGCACCCGAGGGCUUGAAACUCGUCUUUCCGCCUCUACCUACUCGUAUAUGGGUACCACCACCGGAAGUACCUACAGAGAAACUCGGAACUGGCACAAAUACCAAAGUAUAUUUUGUAUGCAACGAGCCUGGUUUGGACAAGUGGAUCGAACUGCCACCGGUUACACCGCAGCAAAUAGUAAUUGCACGAUACAUUGUUCGUUAUUGCACAGGAAAUUUAGAAACACCGAUUCACACUUUCCCACCAUUUCCUGGUACGGAAAAGAAUUAUCUUCGUGCGCAAAUAGCCAGGAUUAGCUCGACUACCCAAGUUUCGCCGAUUGGGUUCUACACUUUUGGCAUAGGGGACGAGGAAGAAGAGGUAAUGGAGGAAAUGGCAGAAGGUGGAGUAUUGUCCGAGAACGUGAAUUACGAUCCUUUACCUAUUAAAGAUUUGAUAGACCCUUCUAUGUCGAACUGGUGUCAUCAUAUGCCCUAUAUUUUGAAACAAGGUCGUGUUGAAUGGUGGAGUCCACGGAAACAGGAAGAAGAACUCGAAGAAGAAAUAGGUGAAGAAGAAGAGGAGGAGGAAGAAAAAGAAGAGAAGGAGGUUGGACCUCCGCUUUUGACACCUUUGUCGGAAGAUGCUAUAAUAGACUCGAUAAUACCAUGGGGUACUUCAUUAUCUUCCCGUGUCCAACUUGAUCAGGCGGUCGCAUUAAUUAGAUCAAAUAUUUGGCCUGGAGCAUAUGCCUUUGCCUCCGGAAGGCGUUGCGCUAACGUGUACAUUGGUUGGGGUCACAAAUACACGGCGUACAAUUACAGCCCUCAGUCUAUGCCACCUGUGCAGGAUCAGUAUAAAAUCGGUCCUGAGAUUAUGGAAAUUCAGGAUCCAACCUUCGAACAAGAAGAGGCCUUUAGAAUUGCUCAUUUGCCGCCUCCACCUGUUAUACCGACAGAAGAAGAAGAAGAAGAAGGUGUAGAAGAGGAAGAAGAAGAAGAAGAAGAGGACGAAUAAUAUAAUAGAUAACUGCAUUAUCAAGCAAGGAUUUUGGUUUGGAUUUGUCAGUAAAAUAGACACGUUUGUAUACUUUAAUAACUUUAUCAAUAUUUAUUUAUUAUUUUUAAUCGUAUUUAUCAAAAACUAACAUUAUAAUGUAGAUAAGUAUUAGAUAUAAAAUAUAAUAUUAUAUAUCAUUCUGAUUUAGUUUAAUUAUAUCCAAAAAAAAAAUGUGUAAUUACAGAUAAAUUGUAGUGAAAAA